AUGUCGAAGCCUUUUGACCCGGAGACGGCGGAGAACUUUGAGGAUAUGGAGAAGCAGUUCGCCGUCAAGGCCGUCGAGCACUUGAUGACGUACUGGUCGAUCCUCGAGAAGGUUCCGGGUUCGCAGCUUCGGUUGACCAAGAUGGACAACGAGAUCUAUGAGAGUUUCAUGAAGGAGUUCCCCGAUUUCAACCCGGCCGAGACGAUCAAUGAGGACGAGAUGAAGAGCAAGGCUGGCAAGGAGAAGUGGAGGAACUGGAUCAACCAGUAUGAGGGCAAGAUUGACGACUUCAACUUCGGCACCAUGCUGCGGUCCAACCCCAAAUUUGAAUAUGAGCAGGAGACUACGAUCUUUGCUAUGCGCAUGCAGUUCUACGCCAUUGAGAUUGCCAGGAACCGUGCCGGCUUGAACGAUUGGAUCUACGAGAAAUCGAAGAAAUAA